GCUUCCGCGCAAAACUUCCAUCCUGUCCGCGUGAAGUUGUCGCUCCCUGCGAGAGGGGGAAAGGGCUUUGGGGAGCGCUUGGAGUGACGAGUGCGGCGGCGGAGCGCGCAAUCUCCUCAGCCUUUUUUCUUCUCUUUUCCCCCCGCGUCGUCAGUGCGGGGUUUUGGCUCCUCGCUCCUGUCCUCCCCCCUUCGGAGCCGGCUUCUCCCCCGCCCCGUUUCUCCCCCACUUGUGUACGCUAUUUGUUGGGGGGUGGCCGAAGGGGAUGUCCUGUUUUCACCAGAGGCACAGCGCGAAGAGGAAACUUCGACACUGGAAGGAACGAGAAUAAAUACCGACGCACCGAGCCGCGGCGGGGACGCACACUUGAACUUCGGGACUUCGAGGCGGUCCGGGAGACUGGAGAUAGUCCAGUUUUAAUCGAAGAAAGCUGCUUCUACUGGGGAGUGGCAGGAGAAGUGAGAAAACCACAUGGAAGACUCCCAGGAUUUAAAUGAACAAUCAGUAAAGAAAACGUGCACAGAAUCCGAUGUUUCAGAACCUCAGAAUUCCAGGUCUAUGGAAAUGCAGGACCUAGCAAGUCCGCACACUCUUGUUGGAGGUAGUGAUGCUCCUGGUAGCUCCAAGCUGGACAAAUCUAAUCUCAGCAGCACCUCAGUCACAACAAAUGGCACAGGAGUGUCUCUUCUUGCAGUCAAAACAGAGCCCCUGAACAGCAGUGAAACCACGACCACGACUGGAGAUGGAGCGCUUGACACUUUUACUGGGUCAGUAAUAACAAGUAGUGGCUACAGCCCCAGAUCAGCGCAUCAGUAUUCCCCACAGCUGUAUCCUUCCAAGCCCUAUCCACACAUUCUUUCUACACCAGCAGCUCAAACAAUGUCUGCCUAUGCAGGCCAGACUCAGUAUUCGGGGAUGCAGCAGACAACCGUCUACACAGCCUACUCACAGACAGGACAGCCCUACAGCCUGCCCACUUAUGAUUUGGGUGUGAUGUUGCCCGCCAUCAAGACAGAGAGCGGACUUUCCCAAACUCAGGCUCCAUUGCAGAGUGGCUGCCUCAGUUACAGCCCAGGAUUUUCUACUCCACAGCCAGGCCAGACACCAUAUUCUUACCAAAUGCCAGGUUCUAGUUUUGCACCAUCAUCUACUAUUUAUGCAAAUAAUUCAGUUUCCAAUUCAACGAAUUUCAGUGGUUCACAACAGGAUUAUCCAUCCUACACAGCCUUUGGCCAAAACCAGUAUGCACAGUAUUACUCAGCAUCCACAUAUGGAGCGUACAUGGCAUCAAAUAACACAGCUGAUGGGACAUCAUCAUCAACCUCAACCUAUCAGUUGCAGGAAUCUCUCCCAGGACUGACCAGCCAACCAGGAGAGUUUGAUGCUGUGCAGAGCCCCUCCACACCUAUCAAAGAUCUGGAUGAGAGAACAUGUAGGAGUUCUGGGUCAAAGUCCCGAGGAAGAGGCCGGAAAAAUAAUCCUUCCCCACCUCCGGAUAGUGACCUGGAGCGUGUUUUUGUCUGGGACUUGGAUGAAACCAUCAUUGUUUUUCACUCACUGCUCACAGGGUCUUACGCACAGAAGUAUGGCAAGGAUCCUCCUAUGGCUGUGACCCUUGGACUCCGAAUGGAGGAAAUGAUUUUUAAUCUUGCUGAUACACAUUUGUUUUUUAAUGACUUAGAGGAAUGUGAUCAAGUUCAUAUAGAUGAUGUUUCCUCGGAUGAUAAUGGGCAGGACUUAAGUACCUACAGUUUUGCAACUGAUGGCUUCCAUGCAGCUGCAAGUAGUGCAAACCUUUGUUUGCCAACAGGUGUAAGAGGAGGGGUUGACUGGAUGAGGAAGUUGGCUUUUCGUUACAGAAGAGUGAAAGAAUUAUAUAAUACCUACAAGAACAAUGUUGGAGGACUCCUUGGCCCUGCCAAGAGGGAUGCGUGGCUGCAGUUAAGGGCAGAGAUUGAAGGUCUGACAGAUUCCUGGCUAACAAAUGCACUUAAGUCUUUAUCAAUUAUUAGUACUAGGAGUAACUGUGUAAAUGUCUUGGUAACGACAACCCAGCUGAUUCCAGCACUUGCAAAGGUUCUGCUCUACAGUUUAGGAGGUGCUUUCCCCAUCGAGAAUAUUUACAGUGCAACGAAAAUAGGCAAGGAAAGCUGUUUUGAGCGUAUAGUGUCCAGAUUUGGCACUAACAUAACUUAUGUUGUGAUUGGAGAUGGCCGAGAUGAGGAGCAUGCCGCUAACCAGCACAACAUGCCCUUUUGGAGGAUAUCAAGUCACUCAGACCUCUUGGCUCUGCAUCAAGCACUGGAAUUAGAGUAUUUGUAACUGUGUUCUCUAACUGGAGACCCAUUUUUUAUAUUUCAACUACACUGAAUUUUUAUGUGUGAUUCAAUGCCUCUGGCUCUACACAUAUAAAUUGUCUUAAAGGAUGAAAUCAUGUUUGGAAUGAAAAUUCCAGAAUGAAGAAUUCAGAUUGCUGAAUGGAAUUAAACUAUAGUGCUACGGAAAGAAAACUCUAUGGUCUUAUAUUUACAACACUUUAAUGUUUUUUUUUUUUUGAAAAAAAAAAUUGUGGUGGUUGCUGGGACAAACCAAAUGAGUCCUAACUGGAAUUAACAGCUUUAGCAAAGAACUCUAACCCUGCAGAGCAGCAACUUCCAAGCUCAUCUGACAAGGUGGUCAACAACAUUCCUCACAAUGGGAGAUCUUCUCAGCCCUGAGGUUUGAAACUGACUUUAGCCUACCUAGCCCAGAAAAUCUGAAUUGGAAUGCACUCAGACUGUAUAAGGACAGUCCUAUCCAGAUCUGUAAUUUUGUGUAAAUUAUUGAUGAAAAUAAUUUACUGUGACUUUAUUAACAGCUGACUUUGAAAGUGGAUGCAAUUUUUCUUUCAUUUGUUGGG